AGCCCUUUGUCGUGCUUUCCGCUGAUUGGCUGGCGGUGAAUAUUUACGGAAGUAGUUAAAGUUGGCAGGAGAGACACGGGUGUUAAGCGACUUCUUCUUGGUAAUAUGCUAAUAUGCAGACAGAGGAGAAUGUAUCCUGUCCAAAAACGGAUUUGUUGAAAUCUAGCGGAACAUUUAAUAUUCUUGUUGGCGUGACAGGAAGCGUUGCGGCCCUAAAACUGCCUCUUUUGGUUCCCGAGCUUCUUCUGCUCCCUGGGGUGGAUGUAAGAGUGGUCACCACAGAGCAUGCCAAGCAUUUCUACAAUCCUGCAGAGGUUUCAGUAAAAAUCUACAGCGACAAGGAUGAGUGGGAGCUGUGGACUCAGAGAUCUGACCCUGUGCUUCACAUUGAUCUGAGGCGCUGGGCAGACCUACUUGUUAUUGCCCCCCUUGAUGCCAACACUCUUGGAAAGAUUGCUAAUGGCAUUUGUGACAAUCUGCUGACAUGUGUGGUAAGAGCCUGGGAUACCAGUCGCCCUCUCCUCUUCUGCCCUGCAAUGAAUACAGCUAUGUGGCAGCAUCCCAUUACAGCCCAGCAGGUAUCCAGGCUGAUCGAGUUUGGAUAUGUGGAAAUUCCCUGCAUUGCUAAGAAGCUAGUGUGUGGAGAUGAAGGUAAAGGGGCCAUGGCGGAGGUAUCGACGAUCGUCAGCGUUAUUAAACAGUAUGUGCAGAAACAAGAUGAGUCAUCCCUGAAAACAUGCAUGUAACAUGGUAUUGUGCAUUCAGCUGGCACAAAAAAAAGAAAAAUAGAAAUGAAGCUUGAAGAAGGUUUUUUCCAAACCUCGAAGACCCUGCACACUCAUGAUAAACUCACGCAGGUGAUGUCAUCUGUUUUACCUCUUCCUGCUGGGAUUGCGUGGGUGUUUAUAGACUGUCAUUAAAUGGCAUCUCUCUGAAAAAAGACUGAAGUGUGGGGAUGUCACUUUAAUUGUUAUUGUCAACUAGGUGCUUAGGUGCUUGUUUUUACAUGUAUCAUCGAGUCAUCAUUACAUAAUAACAUGACUGAUGACUAAUAGGAAAAAGAAUGCAGAUGAUCUAGUUAUUUAGGCCUCGCCUCUUUUCUGCAGUGACACGGCAAUCCCAAAAUCACAUUGAGGUGUGUGACACAAAAUUUCUGUUGUUUUUAAAACAGUAAUAAUUAGUGACAUGUCACCAAGCUUAUGUGGAUAUGUUGAAAUGCAGGUUAUCCUUGUUGUUGUCUUUCUUUCUUCCCGUUGUUCUUUUUUUUGUCUACACUGUCGCUCACAAUGACAUCAGGCACGUUAUUGUGUUUUGUCAAACUGCUGUAUGUGUACAAAUAUUCUGCCUGCUUAAAAAAAAAAAAGUGAUAGGUAUUCCUGGGCUGUUAGCAUUCACAUUAUUGAACCUCUGCCUGAGGAACUCAAACUACGCAAAGGUUCAUCAAGGAUUAGUAGGUCUGAACUGUGAUCUAGAGCCAGGCCAUAAAGAGCCCUCCUAAGAGUAAUCAAUAAGAUCCUAAAAUCAAUCCUAAAACAAACAAGGAAUCAAUGUUAAGAGGCGAAAACCUCUGCAAUGUGGUCGUAGCAGUUGAGUUCUGUACAAUCGGUAGUCGUUUUAAAGUUAUUUGGUAAAGACAAGAAUAGAAACAGUUACAGUAAUCAAGGCUCAAGGAGAAGAAGCAUCUACAACAGUCUCUAAAGUAAGAUUUCAUUGAUAAUAAGUGCUGCAGUUUGGGGAGUUUUAAACAACCUGUCGUAAGAGAAAACAAAUGUUCACAAUGCAACAGAGGUGUACCAAACUGGUCAUUAUGCAAUAAAAUGUCACUAAAUGCAUACGCUUAUGAUGUCAUCCAUUUUAGUGUGAACAACAUUUUUCAUACAGGAGUCUGUAAAACCUGUCAUGGUUCCUAUGGGGUUAAUUAUCGAGACAAAGGAGAGGAAACUCUUGUCCCACAAGGCACUUGGACAGAGUAGAGAACAGGUAACAUAAAAGUGUCAGCUGAAGUAUGGAUGUCCCAGACUCACUGACUAUUUGGUAUGUUAUUUUAGUACAUAUACAUAUACGUACUAUUUUAUGUGUCCAGGCAAUAUAUUUUUAAUAUUUUUGACAUAGUAAUAUCAUGGCAUAAAUGUUUUUAAAGACAUACCAUGGAGAGGUAUACUAUAUUUUGCAAAGUGCUUUUUUGCUAUGACUCUAAGCACCAAAGGUCAAACGUGAUGAAACCCAUGGUUCACAUCAUGGUAGACAUGUUAAUCCCAGUGAAAACCCUCCAUCUCUGAACAAACUAGUCUGGAUUUUGUCAAGAGACAACAGACGAGUACAUGUCAGAGUUAACCAGACCCUGGUUUGUUUAUGUAAGUGAGCUGAGGCAGAUGGUAACAACUGUCUCACUUGUAAUAAACUGAAAGGAACUAAACCUUUGUUGGAGUAUGUAAGUAUAUGAUUCAAUGUUCACGUUCAUUCCUUAUUUCAUGUUUAUUCCUUAUAUGGUCAUGUAUAUUCCUUAUAAGAAGACAAGAUAUAUUGUCGCAAUAACUCAAUGUUCUGUAUUCUGUAUUUAACCUUUGGGGUCAGUAGUGAGAGUGAGAGCAUGACGUGAAGAGAGAUAAAUAUGGGAUGGAAGGAAGAGAGGUGUGGAAUGAAUGGGGGUCAAAAGGGAAUGGAUGUGUGGUGUCUAUAAUUCUGUUCAACAGGACACCUAGAAAGAGAAAAACAAUUCCUAAUAGGGGACUGUCCUUGGGGUCAACCAAUCCUAAGACGAUGCCAUGCUGAAAGGGGAGCCAGAUAACGAGGGGAGCCAACCAGAAGAUGACUCUACCUACAUUCACAUUUUUUGUCAUUGUAAUAGUAUAAAAUACUGGAUCAGGGACAAACAGGUUGUCAGAAUGCAGGCUGACUCACUGAUGUUAUCGGCUAGGGAGAGGCAUUUCUGAUCCAGAGCUCUGUAUCGGCUCAUUGCUUGCUUGAAAAGAUUCACUAAAGGUUUGAACUUAAAAUUCUAAAUUC